GUGAUUCGCUCGCUUGCACUUCACCGUACAACGGCGUCGCUGCUUUUCCCAGUUCAGAGGGUGACUCGAGCCAACAGUAAUUUCGAGUAAUGCAAGCGGAAACCGCAACCAUGCGCGUGUCAGAAAGUGAAGGAAGACUCGAACUCUACGGGCAGAACAGGAGCGCUGGGAGAGGCGGCUCGAAAGGCUGGCAGUACAGUGAUCACAUGGAGAAUGUCUAUGGCUAUCUUAUGAAAUACACAAAUCUUGUCACAGGAUGGCAGUAUCGGUUUUUUGUCCUAAAUAAUGAUGCAGGAGUGCUAGAAUAUUUUGUAAAUGAGCAGUCCAGAGGCCAAAAGCCUAGAGGGACAUUGCAUCUUGCAGGUGCUGUUAUAUCACCCAGCGAUGAAGAUUCUCACACUUUUACAGUUAAUGCAAUCAGUGGAGAACAGUACAAGCUUCGAGCAACAGAUGCAAAAGAGCGACAGCACUGGGUUAGCAGAUUACAGAUCUGUACACAACAUCACACAGAAGCCAUGGGCAAAAAUAAUCCACCUCUAAAAUCUCGCAGUUUCUCGAUCGCCUCACAAGGCUGCAGCAGCUCACCAAUACUACAGAGAAGAUCCAGUCAGAAUAUGGCUUCUUUCUUCAGUGUGUCACAACAUAAAACUUUGACAGUCAAAAGAUCUCAACAGCCUGACCACUUAGUGGAUGUCCAGGAGAUGAUGUCACAAGCUGAAGGACAGCAUAAGGACUUGAUCCAGAUGAUUGAAGGUUUACCAUCCUCUGUUGAUGUCUCUCCAUUGGACCAGGACCUGCUUAUGCUAAAAGCAACUUCAAUGGCCACCAUGAACUGCUUGAAUGACUGCUUUCACAUUUUACAACUCCAACAAAUUGCGCAACAGAAAUGUUCUCUACCUGGGUCAGCAACUAUUGAGUGGCUGGAACCUAGGCUUCCUCUCUCAGAUCACCUUAAAAAUGGGAGUACUCACCAGAGUUUCUCAACUGAUGACAACAAGUCAGAAGAUGCAUGCCACAACCAGGAUAUUGCAGAACAUGUCGACUUAACCAUGGAACAAGAUGAAAUUGACACAGAUGAUGAACUAGAGGAUUCUUUUGAUGACAAAGAAGAUGACUUGGGUGCUGUGGAAGAGCAACGCAGUGUUAUCUUACACCUGUUAUCCCAGCUAAAGCUGGGGAUGGAUUUGACAAGAGUGGUUCUUCCUACAUUUAUUUUGGAAAAGCGCUCAUUAUUGGAAAUGUAUGCAGAUUUUAUGUCCCAUCCAGAUCUCUUUAUUGCUAUUACAAAUGGCGCAAGCCCAGAGGAGCGAAUGAUACGAUUUGUGGAGUAUUACCUCACUUCUUUCCAUGAAGGACGCAAGGGAGCCAUAGCAAAGAAACCAUACAACCCCAUCAUAGGAGAAACCUUCCGCUGUUCAUGGAGGAUACCUAAAGAUAAAAUUUCUUCACAGAAAAGUGGUGUCUCAUCACAAUGCAAUAUGAACAAGUCUGGCUCAGAAGGAUCAAAAGAGUUGUCAGAAUACUAUCACGUGCGAUUCAUUGGAGAACAGGUUUCCCAUCAUCCACCUGUGUCUGGAUUUUAUGCAGAAUGUGAGGAGAGGAAAAUGUGCGUGAAUACUCAUGUAUGGACAAAAAGCAAAUUCAUGGGAAUGUCUAUUGGAGUUUCAAUGAUUGGUGAAGGCAUUUUGUGUCUUCUAGAGCAUGAUGAAGAAUAUUUGUUUACUCUGCCUUGUGCAUAUGCACGGUCCAUACUCACAGUACCCUGGGUUGAACUAGGUGGAAAAGUCAGUGUCAACUGUGCUAAAAGUGGGUACUCGGCAGCCAUUACCUUCCAAACCAAACCUUUUUAUGGAGGAAAACUGCACAAAGUAACUGCAGAAGUGAAGCACAAUCCUACCAACAUGGUUGUUUGCAAAAUUCAAGGAGAAUGGAAUGGUGUUCUAGAAUUCACAUAUAGCAAUGGUGAGACAAAAACUGUUGAUGUUACUAAACUUCCUGUAACACGGAAACGGGCCCGUCCCAUUGAAAAGCAAGGAGCAUAUGAGUCAAGACGAUUGUGGCAGAAUGUAACCGAUUCACUGAGAGCAGGAGAUAUAGAUAAGGCAACAGAGCAUAAGCAUUUACUGGAGGAAAGACAGAGGACUGAAGAGAGGCAUCGGAGAGAAACGGAAACACUAUGGCAUACUAGAUAUUUCCAAAGAGAGGGUGAAGGUUGGGUAUAUAAGAAGCCUUUAUGGAAAGCCUGCAAAGAAAGCACCUAAUACUCUGCAUGGCCUUUAAAUACAGAUGAUCUUUCAGUUAAGCUCAAAGUGACUGCAUUAGGCUUUAAUUUAGCCAUAAUGUGUGUUGUAUUCAGAUUUUGAUUUUGUUUUGUUAAUGGUUGAUGAAGAUUAUGAAACAUCAUCUUUCUCCAUUAGCCGCAUUCACAAGUAUAGGUUUAUACUGUUAAAGGCACUUUAAAAUUUACUUUGAGUAAGAAAAAAGGUGCAUAUUUUAUAAUAUUGGACACUUUUGUAUUUACAAGUUAUAAGACUGGUGGUCUUCAAAUUUAAAUGUUCUCUUGCACAUUUUUAAGAGGUACUUUUAUCAGUGCUGCCUUAAGAAUAUGAUGGCCUUUUGGCAGCUAGGAAAUUCACCACUGUUUUUCAUUAGCUUAAUUAAGUGGACUUGUAAACUACAUUUUUAAUGUAUCAGGGAGUUUGAACGCACAAUGCUAAUAUACAAGUGAUGGAAAUGAGCGGUAAAAUUGCUUGUACACUCUAUAAAUCAGUAACUUUUGAUAACCUUCAUCAAUGUGCAAAUGCUGAAUAUUAUGUCAGGAAAAUGGAUGCCUAAUCAACUUGCAUUUGAAGAUGAAGCAGCAGCUUCAUUGUGAAUUGUUUAUAUAUAAUUUUGUUUUUUAAUUCAGCAGUGCUGAACUUGAGACAAUCAAGUGCAGCUUCUGGCCCCCUUAUACACCUGAUUUCAAAUAUACAAACUGACAGUUCAUUUGUUAUGUAGAAGUUGUUUUGAUUUUAAUAAAAAGCUUAAUAAAGACAGAAUUGACCUAAUCCAAAACGGGUAGGUAUGAUGAUGAUAAUUUAUUUUCCUAUACACUGUUGUGCGUAUUCAGUGUAUCCACUUCUAUAGUACAUUGUGCAGCUGUUUGCUUUAUUGCAAGGCUGUUCGUACUUUAGGAUGGUUUCUAUUAGUGCAGUUUGGCUCUAACAACUCUAUACUACUUAAGGCAUCAAAGAGGAUUUGGAAAAGAUCAGUGGUGACACUCAAAAUGAUAAAACCUGAAUAGCUUUAUUGUUUUUUUACAACAGAAAAUGAGUAUGUGUGGAUGUAUAUAUAAUAUACUGUAUAAAUGUGUGUAUAUAUACACACACACACAAAUACAAAUGUGACAUUUAACUGCCAUGUAUUAUGGUUAAUGUGUGUUAGUGUAUUCUUGUUUUUAUAAUGACUUUCUUCAGAUGUUUCGAAGAAAUUCUGAACUGCCAAUAACAUCCAUCAUGUUUAAAAUUGUUUUAUAAUGUGUUCAGUGUUUAAAAUUUCCGCCUUAAAGAAA